UUACCUUUCCCUAGAACUCAACUCGUCUUACCAUCAACUUCGCCUCAUAAAACGUUUCCGUAACAGUCUCCGAUUAUCGACAUGCCUCUUCACUCUCCACCUUAUUCUCUAUCCGGCGUUUUGAUCAUGAGCCACAUUGGUGUCUCUUACAAUACACAGCUGUCAUCAUGACCCCAAACGUCGAGAUCCUGGCGCAUGCCACCGCGCCGGCAAUGUCUUCCGACGAUGCGCGGUACCGGUCACUAGCAUCCGCCUACCUGGCCUUCAUUCCCAGUGCGCGGACAACAGUGAUCUCCCGCAGUUGGCAGGCCCAAGAGCCAUCUCGGACUCCAAGAUCGUCGAAUGAUGUUGGUGCUCAAGGUUGCGAGGCCAGCUUUCCUGGUAGCAUCUCUCUCGAAUCACCACAACUGUCCUUCGCCAGUGUCCUGGAUAACGCGGGCUCACCGCGCGUCACCGUGGGCAUGGCUGCGCUGCCACCAGAAGGAACGCUGGAACCCUCGCAGGCUAGUAGACAGGAUAGCAGCAGCUCUCAGAUGGAGGAUUCUUGGUUGGCGCCUCCAAGCACCAUUCCCGACUCUCUCCCGAUGAAUGACAUCCGGUUGUCGGGGUUUACGUCCCCCAGGCGCUUGAUUGAACACUUCCUGGGCGAUUUCCAGAGCACCCAGGCCGAAUCCCAGUCGUCGUCGUCGUCUCGGGCGGGUUCCUCCCGGCGAGAACGGGCCUGCAGUACGCAAGUCAGCAGCAGCCAAAGUGAGCUAGAUGUCGCUCUUCCCACGGCGCCAGACGACGACGACGUGGUUCUUUCACGACCAGGUGCCCGCUCGAGUGGACGGAGCGAUAGCAGCAUUGUACCCGCCACUCCCCCACGCCCAUUAGAGGUUUCUCACGUCGAAGAGCACGACCACGAGGCAGGCAACGGGACGGUCAUCGAAGACACCGUGUUCGAAGAUGGCGAAGGUGUCGCGGAUGAUGUCCCCGGUUUCGUUUUCGUCACCUCUCGAAAGCGGACACUUUCACCCCUUCGGUUCCGAGCGGAUUCCGAGCCGGCCCCUCCAAAGCGGCACAGAGGGACGGCGGCGGCGUGCGAGGAUGUCAUGACUCCCCCGCCGCGGCUCUUGCGGAGCUCCAGCGAGGGCAGCCUCGGCCUGACCAUGGACGACGCUCUCGAACGGGGUCGGAGGUAUCUCGAGCGCUUCAACCCUCCCCACCUUUACGCGACGGAGCUUCACUCCCCGGCUCCCCGUGUCUCCAACGACGUCGUCACACCUGACGACUUUGUCACCCCUCACUUGGAGAAGCUCGCGGCCGAUCUCGACACGUGCUCGCAACAACCAUCGUCUCAAGAACAGGGGUCGCGGUUUGCUUCCGUCGAGAUGCGACGGCAGCUAUCGCCGUUUGAGCGAGGGUACUGGUUCAUCGACUGUUCCGCGUGGACGGAUGACCUUCCCCAGCUGAUGUGGUGCUCGCUGGCCAAGUUCGUGAGCGGCGAGGGGGUUGCCGGAUGGGGAACGUGGUGCUGUAGAGACGAGGACUGGCGCUGGGUUCGUGUCUACUGCUUUGGGCAUGUCGCCAGACACGUUUACUUUUUACUGUACGCUUCCAGCUAUAGGAAGUCGAGGACGGCACGGGCAUCCUGGAUAGACGCUGCCGGGGAGGUCGUAUUGGUUAUGGAAGGGACAUGAUUGGAUUAUUUCUAUUGAGGGAACGAGUGGAUGACUUUUUGAAUAUCCCAUAGACGAACUAUGGACACUUCUUCACUUUCUCGGCAUGACGGACUCUCGAGGAUGGAAACUGGGACGAAACCGAGGAGUAACAAGAGCAUAUUCCCUGACGAUUUUGCCAAAUAUGAAUCCGGUAAAAUUGGUAUCGAUACAGUUAUACUAGGCUUCCUCGCCGGCAACCCACCCUUUCACAAUAGAACGGAGUCGACCAUCCCAGCCUCGUCAUGGAAACGGCCAUCCCGAGUGACAGAAUUAACGAGUAUUCUCCGAUCAAACAGUGCCGAGAAACCAACAACCAAC